AUGGACCCUAGAAAGCUUGGUAGCUUUGGAGGAUCCCAGAGACAAUGGCAAGAUGACAUACAAAAUAUCACAGUAGAAAAUUCUAUUCAAACUACUGAAGAUAAAAGCACUGGGAAGAAUUUAGAAGAUGACAUCAUCCAGUAUCCAGUAGUGUAUGACUACAGGCUGGAAGAAAAAGAAAAUGACCCCGCUAAACAAUUAAAUUACAUAUAUAAUUAUCGGUUUAUAACGUUCUGCGUCUUCCGAUUCCCGAUCUCCAACCUUCUCUGUCCUGUCAAUCCAGGCAUCCUCCUCUAA